GUACAAAUGCCGCUUAUGCUUCCAUUACCUCUCCCGUAUUCACAAUUUUCUUGCUCAUGUUUUUAAGUGGGAUGCCAUUAAACGAACGUCCCGCACAUGAAAAACAAUGGAAGCAAGGAAACUGGAAUGAUUACUCCAAAUAUCUUGAGCGUACUUCUGUAUUAAUACCAUUUCCACCAAGUCUUUAUAAACCAUUACCGCGAAUAAUUAAAAGUACCUUAUUUUUGGAAUUUCCUCUGUAUAGAUAUGUACCUGAUUUAGAAAAUGGUGAUCAAAGUGGUUUAACUAGAGAUGGUGCAAGUGUAAAUGGUGAGAGUAGUGGUAAUGUUAAUGUCGCUAGAAAUGAUCAAUAA